UCUCCCCAUUGAUGCGAACCCGCGCCUCGGACAAGACACGCCGCAUUAAAAGGAGCCUCCUCGGCAGCAGCAGCAGCAGCAGCCGUGGCCUCGUCCAACGCCCAACACGCUUUCUUCGCUUACCUUACGGGGCUCAAUAGCGCCGCCGGCUUCCGGGGCGACCCAAAAUCCGAACAGCUAACUUACGCGGCCUGCGUUAACUCCGGACAGCCCGCCAGCCCGCCAGCCAGCAGGAGCAGCAGCAACGGCAGCAACACGGGGCGCCCGCAUCACCACUGGCGCCUUCGUCAUCCAUUUCCCUCUGUUGGCCGCGCGCCUGCCUGCGGACUUUGCGACAUCCAGACCAGCACCGCCGUCCGCCGCCCGGUAGACACACACACACACACACACACACACACACACACACCCGACAGCCCUUUUUGCCCGCCCCAGCAGCGGUAGCUUGGCUUUUCGCCUUGUUUGACGUUUCAGGGUCGGGUCUGCUGGGGCGCCUGUUGGCAUAAAGCUCCCGGCUCACCCCCUUCCCGCCCGCCGCCCCUCCGCCAUGCUCAAGACCCAAGUCGCGACAGCGGUACUGCAGCGAACGACGCGCCUCUCGUCUCUCGCCGUCUCUCCCUCGCCGCCCUCGCCUCCCCCCGCGACGUCCUCCAACUACACUACCGUCGUCAUACACGCCCCGACCUCGUCGUCCGCCAACGCCGCCAGGAUGACCACCACCGAGGGUACGGUUCGCGCCCAGCAUCCCCACGAGGGUCAUCCCCACGCCACCGACGACAUCCGCGCCCAGCAGCAGAAGCCCCAACGGCCGUCCGCAGCCUACUUUCCCCUGGGCUACAAGGAUGCCGCCUACCAAUGGUGGACGAGCAUUACGCCACCCAUGGCCGAGCGAAACGUCCUCUCCCUCAUCCCCCACCUCCGCGAGGCCGUCGACAGUCUGACCAGGCCCGUGUCAUCUUCCUCGUCCACAAGCUCCGCCGGAAAGACCGAUCCCUUCAGCACCCGCGUCUGGCGCCGCUCCCUGGUGCAGCUCUCCGGCAAGAACCGCGCCCUCAACGAGGUCUGCGUGGAGCGCGUCGGCGAGGAGCCCGAAGAGACGCUCGUCAUGGUCCACGGCUACGGCGCCGGCCUCGGCUUCUUCUACAACAACUUUGAGCCCAUUACCCGCAUCCCUGGCCUGCGCCUUUACGCCCUCGACAUGCUCGGCAUGGGCAACUCGUCGCGCCCCCCCUUCAAGAUCCACGCCAAGGACAAGGAGCAGCAGGUCAUCGAGGCCGAGAACUGGUUUAUCGAUGCCCUCGAGGAGUGGCGCAAGGCCCGCAAGAUUGAGCGCUUCACCCUCCUCGGCCACUCCCUCGGCGGCUAUCUCGCCGUCUCCUACGCCAUCAAGUACCCCGGCCAUCUCAAGAAGCUCAUCCUCGCUUCCCCCGUCGGCAUCCCCGAGGACCCGUACGCCGUCAACGCCGCCAUGCCCGAACCCGGCGAGUCCACACUCGAAAACGAGUUCACCCAGGACCAGCAGUCCACCACCGAGACGUCCAAUGCUGCGGCGACGACCGCACACAAACCCGCGAAGGAUGCCGCCGCCGCAGCCGCCGCGGCUCCCAAGCGACCGCUCCCCGGCUGGUUAGUCUGGCUCUGGGACGCCAAUGUCUCCCCCUUCAGCAUCGUCCGCAUGGCGGGGCCGCUCGGCCCGCGCUUCGUCUCCGGCUGGAGCUCCCGCCGCUUCAACCACCUGCCUGCCAACGAAGCCCAGGCUCUCCACGACUACUCAUUCUCCAUCUUCAAGCAAAAGGGAAGCGGCGAGUACGCCCUCGCCUAUAUCCUCGCCCCCGGCGCCUAUGCGCGCCGACCAGUCAUCAACCGCAUACAAGACAUCGGCCGCCAGCCGCUCCCGCCGCCUUCCGCCGCCAAAGACUCCUCCGAUGGCGACCGCCCCGCCCCGCGCACCUCAUCGCUCGCAAAGGAGACGGGCAUCCCCGUCGUCUUCAUGUAUGGUGAGAAUGACUGGAUGGACGUGGCGGGCGGCCUCGCCGCCGCGGAGAAGCUCAAGGAGGCCCGCGCCCGGGCCCUCUCCCACGCUACCGCCGAGGAGAAGCGCAGCGAGAACGGCAGCGCCCGCGUCGUCGUGGUCCCCAAGGCCGGGCACCACCUCUACCUCGACAACCCGGACGACUUCAACCGCGUCCUCCGCGAGGAGGUCGAGGCCACCAUGAAGGCCGAGAGGGCCAAGCGCUCGGCUUCUUUGUAGACCUGACGCGCUCGGUCAUUAAUGAAACCGUUUUUCAAUUCUUGGAUAGUGGGCUUUUGCAUUUAAGCAGUCGCGGACGGAGGGAUAUCGGUUCUUCACCGCGACGUUGAAGCGUUAUACACAUGGGAAAGACGAACUGAUGAUUGGCGUUUUUUUAUAACUAAUACCGCCAAAGAGCUACAAGGGAAGCCCCCGGCACCGGCUCGCGCGCCGCAAGUUGCUACGGAAGAGGCAUAGAGGGACGAGCAUCGAGCAUGGGCGUUUUCAAAAACAUUUCACCAAUACCUCGCACGUUUUAGACAUACAAAGAUAUACUAUAUAUUCAUUCCCCAAGGGGUCGUGCCAUCUCGCGACACACAAUCAUAGGAGAAAACAAGGACGCUCCGUGUUCGUCACGUCCGAUGCAAACCGUGUCGAAUAUUCUAAGCCCCCUCACAGAGGCAAAAUUGCAGUGAGCCAACAACACCUCGCCGCACGCUAUG